AUGGGUUCCUCAACCUCGACAACGAAGCAGUUUCUCGAAGGACUGGCACCAUUUCAGCGACGCGCCGUCAGAAAGCUCGAGCUCCAUCUUCUCGCAAGUGUGACGGAAGCGUGGUCGCUGAGGUCGAUAUUAAGAUUGAUAGCUGACGUCUCCGACUCGACCGAUCAACAAACGUUUGUGCCAGACAGCUGGGACGGAGCAUUCGAUAAAGGGUAUUCGGUAUCGCAGAAGGCAUAUGGCACAAGUGUCUCCGGUGGGAGCGACCUUCGAGAGUUGAACAUCUUCAUCACCACAAGAGACCUGCUCCUAGCACAAGCAGACUCUUUAGUCGGACUGCUGCACAUUCUGACGGUUCCUCCUGCGGCGCAAGCUUAUGCGAAGCCUCGUACACCGUUCGCAUGCACAGCAUCAUGGGUUUCCGAGGGCCUUGCUUAUCUCGGAUCGCUUCGAAGAUUGAGUAUUGUUAUCGAAGCCAGUGUCUCUGUUGCGAACCAACUGACCGGUGACGACAAAAUCGGCUUCUCGAACUUUGUCAGAUCGGUGUUACCGAGGGCCAUCGUGGAAGUGAAGUGGAUCACGCAGAAGAACAUGAUCCUUUCCCCGGACGAUGAUGAGUGGGUCUCCUUCCUUUGGGAUGACGACUUGAUGGCCUCUGACGCAGGACAGGGCUCGCUCAAUGAGAACCACGAGGGCACAGAGAUGAACAGGAAAGUUGGAUGGUCCAGUUGGGGAAGUAUCCAGCAGUGA